AUGGAGGAUGCGAACACCACCGAGAAUGGCAUGGUGGCGAGGAAACAGAAGACGGCGAUGCUUGUGGUGCAGGUGUCUGAUCACCAGAUGCGCAUUGAAGUUCUGGAGGGUGAAAAAGAGCUGUUGAGGAUGGAGAUGGAGAGCUUCAAGACAGUUGCAGAGACGUACGAAAAGCGCCUCGAGACCGCAAUUGAUCAGCUUGAUAAACAGGCCAGGCUCAUUGGCGGACUGCAAGACUUGGCAUCAGAGCUGCAGGACCGCUUGGAGGCCACCAAGGAGGCCUCGAGUGAAGGGGAGGAUGAGUUGGAUGAAGGUUUUGACAAGAAGGAGAAGAUGAGAAUUGCAGCCAGUGCCGCAGCGUUGAGAGAUGCGUCCUACCGAGAGCUCGUUUGGCAGGCUUUCCAGACGCGCAUGGGUGUUCCGAACCUUAAACCGCGCACUCUUCCAUUCUGGCCGAAGGAUGGAGAGUCUAUGCCAGUUGAUCCUGCAACCAAGACCGACUUGAUGCGCUUUCGAUGGGAUCAGCCUUGGGACGCCGCUGGAAACUACAAGAACAUUAGGACACUGGUCACGAUGAUCAUCAAACAAGGAGCGGAACUUGUACCUGGCGCGGCCAAGCCCAUUCGAGAUCUUCUCAAAUCUGAUGCUGAGGAGAGCGUGAAGAAGAAAUUCCGUGCACUGCAAAAAGCUCUUCGUGAUGAAAAGCUGAUCGGUGCACGUGGUCGUUCAGUAAUGGUUCAGCGGGAUAUGAAUGCGAUGGCGUACGAGGAUAAUGAUUCCGCAGAGGCUGGUGGAAAUGGCGCUGUGAAAGACAUGCCCAUUACAGCGAAGAAGUCAACACGUACUACCAGCCGUGCGAAAGGGAAGCUUCAAGUGCACAUCCGUAAGCGUACCAACUUGCCCAAGGAAUCCAAGUGGCGUGAUCCAAAGUACGAUGCAGCGUUCACCAUGAACCUGAUGUCUGAUGACGAGGACCAGGUGGAUGAGAAGGGUGAAUUCACGGGGAAAUAUAUCUCAAAGGCCCCUGCUUACCGAAGCCAAGAGUUAAUCAACCUGUUUCGGGCGGUUGAUGCAGCUCAAGACCCGAAGCCACCGAACAGAUAUAUUCCUCGUAUGAAGGCUGCCGAGACCAUUGAUGAGCCGCCGAAGGUGUCAAGAGACCUCAAGAAUAAGGCACGGCACUGGAUGAUUGACCAAGCUUGGUUAGCCCUCGAGAAUAACAAGCAAUAUGAUGUGGAGAGCCGCAUCGUGAACAACGGUCAUCUUUGGGGGGACGAAGAGGACCCUCAGGAUAUCACUGAGAAGCAGAAGCGCAUGCAAGAGGCGAAGGCAGAGAUCACCUCGAACAAAAAGGCACGCUUGGCAGAGAGUGCAGGCAACAAGGGUAAGGGAUCAUCAAAGAAGAAGAUUGUGAAGAAGAUCAAGACCGUGAAGGAGAAAGAGAAAGAGGUAGCUGCCGAGGAUGAUGAUUCUGAUGAUUUGUACUUCGGGUAG